ACAGACGCUAUAUUCAUCUGCUGGAGCUUGCAGUUGCUGAAACUCCCUGCAGGAACUCCUGGGUACUUUUCCCCCACCGUUUGAGCUGCUGUAGCACAAUGCCAUUCAUGCCACGGAGCGAAAACAGGCGAAGCUCCUGCUCCGUUUACCCAACAAUGUGGAGAACAUGCAGUCUUUUUUGCGCAUGGACUCUACUAUUCUUGACAGAAGUCUGUGCGCAGUCCCAGCGGAGACCAAUCUUCACAUGUGGAGGAAACAUCACAGGGGAGUCUGGAGUAAUCGGGAGCCAGGGCUAUCCAGGAGUUUACCCUCCAAAUACCAAAUGUGUGUGGAGAAUCACAGUCCCUGAGGGCAGGGUGGUGGUAUUAUCAUUCCGCUUUAUUGAUCUGGAGAAUGACAACCUGUGUCGCUAUGACUACGUGGAUGUUUACAGCGGCCAUGUCAGUGGGCAGAGGCUCGGUCGCUUCUGCGGGACGUUCAAGCCAGGGGCCCUUGUUUCGACAGGCAACAAGAUGCUCCUGCAGAUGGUUUCUGAUGCCAACACUGCUGGGAGUGGUUUCCUUGCUGUUUUCUCUGCUGCUCACCCACAUGAGAGAGGGGAUCAGUACUGUGGAGGCAGACUGGACAAGCCCUCUGGGACUUUUAAAACACCCAACUGGCCAGAAAAGGACUAUCCAGCUGGUGUCACCUGCUCCUGGCAUAUAGUGGCACCAAAGAACCAGAUUAUCGAAGUGAAGUUUGAGAAGUUUGAUGUGGAGCGAGAUAACUACUGCCGCUACGACCAUGUCUCAAUUUUCAACGGGGCAGAAAUAAAUGACGCAAAGCGGAUUGGAAAAUACUGCGGAGACAGCCCCCCAGCGCCGGUGUUCUCAGAGGGGAAUCAGCUGCUGAUCCAGUUCCUGUCUGAUCUCAGUCUAACCGCUGAUGGAUUCAUUGGACACUACAAGUUCAGACCAAAGAAAUUCCCCACUACAACAAUACCACCCACCACCACCACUCAGCCCGUCACCACCAGGCCCAUACCGCUGAAGUACUCUGUUGCCCUUUGCCAGCAGAAAUGUAAAAGACGAGGAACACUUGAGAGCAAUUACUGCUCCAGCAAUUUUGUGAUAACUGGGACUGUCAUUACCGCGGUGAUUAGAGGAGGAAGUAUGUACGCCACCAUUUCUAUCAUCAACGUGUAUAAAGAAGGAAGUCUGGCAAUCCAGCAGGCAGGAAAGACAAUGAGCACCAAGAUCAUUAUCCUGUGCAAGAAGUGCCCGUUUAUCAGAAGAGGUUUUCUUUGUGUGACCUCACCAGGCUUGAACUACAUCUUCAUGGGCCAGGUGGACGAGGAGGGCCGGGGAAAAAUCGCCCCGCACCACUUUGUCAUGGCGUUUAAGACGAAGAACCAAAAAGGACUGAACGUUCUGAAAAACAAGCAGUGCUGAGUUCCAGUAGCUCUGAGGAUCUCCGUGGAACCGCUCUGCCCGAGGCUCAGCUGUGGAUGGAAACAAUUAAGCUAAAAAAAAACAAAAAACAAACUCUCCUUCUCAACAAAAACAACAACAGAAAACACAGAAUCUGCAUGAUUCAUUCAUUUAAGGGGAGCUGAGAUUGGCAUGUUGUUAAGUUUUGGGAACAAACAAGAAAAUCAGAAAUGUGUCUUCUGUUAAAAAAGAGCUGUCUGUCAAUCUGUUUUGCAGCCUCAGUUUAAUCAGCUGCAAAAUUAGUUGAAAUUUCCACCUCUAUUCUCGGACCGUUCCCUGCGUAGUCACAUUCCUGUCACGCUCCGAGCAGGGAAUUAAAUUGUAGCCAGUAACUGGAGCCAAAACUGGGGAAUAGUACAGCGAUUCAUGGACAUGUUUCAUAAGUCAAACAUUACUUGAAUUGUUUAAGAAUUUCACAGUACACAUCUGUUCUGACAUCGCAUAGUGGCGCUUUUACCCUCAAAUUAUUUUCUAUUCUGUGUUUCAGUUUUUCCCUUUGAGGCUGUAGAGCACAGUGUGGAUAAAGACUCUAAUGCAGUAAACAAAGAUAUCUGUCUGGCAGAAUAGUCUUAAAUUUUAUGAUUAAUAUCAAUGGGGGGAUUUGUUGCAGCUGAUUGUUGUAGUUUUAAUGACGGUGUAGCAGCCUGCCAUUAAUUUCCUGUGUUCAGUUUUAAUGGGCAGGUUUGGAAGUUUUAAAAUGUGGUGAUUAAAGUGCAAUAUUUAAUAUAUACAUGAUUCUUUUAAAAGGAUUUUCUGCUGGUUUUAUGUGAAACAAAUGAGGAUCUUCCUAGCUGAAGCUUUUUUUUUCUUUAGUUUGUUUAUGGAUGCAAAGCACCGCCGUCAUUCACUUACUGUCAUUGUUUUUAAAAGGCAAAGACAUGAAAUGAAAACUAUUUUCAUAUGAAAAAGUCUAUGAAUAUUAUUUAUAUUUUAUUGUGUUCAUCUGCCCAAAUAAAAACUCCUUCAACAUUU